AUGAUUCGUAAGGAAAAUCGCCGGCCGGUAAAUUCAAACUUGCUUCCUCGGAGAACAGAGCUUACUCCACCGCCGACUAAGAGCAGAAACGCCGCCGUUUUCGCCGGAUCUGCGUCUUCCAUGAGAGGAACCAUAUCAGCGAGUGCAGGAGAGAAUAAGAGCAAAGGAGUGAUGGGUAUGGCGCGUAAGAGCUACGCGACCGUCGAAGAUCUCAAAAAAUCUCCAUGGCUGUUGCUUUCGCCAUCAACGGCGGCGGAGGAGGAGGAAGAAAAUCAAUCGGCAGUGGUCGGACUGUUCUGGGUUACAAUCAAAUUUACUGAUUCUUCGACAUUGUGGCUUUGA